AUGGCAAGGAUUCAUCGUAACCAUGAGAUUUUAUUCUCAGUGUCGAUCCCCUUAAUUGGCACUGCGACGGGGAUUCUACAAUGGCCCGAUGCCGUGGUCUUUGUUCUCAAUCUCGCCGCCCUGGUUCCCCUCUUGGCGUGGAUUACUCGGUCGGUCGAUGCUUUGUCUGUCAGUGUGGGACGGUCGGUCAAUGAACUACUCAAGGCGACACUUGGAAAUGCCGUGGAGUUGAUGAUCGGGAUCAACGCCAUCAUCCAAGCGCGCGCUCAAGUCUCGCAGUCGGUUAUCUUGGGCAGUGUGCUCUGCAAGUUACUGCUGGUCCUGGGUGGCUCGCUGUUCCUCUCCGGCUAUGACAAGAAACGGCUGCGCUUCGAUCGCACCUUGACCACGAUCCUGUCAUCGCUGAUGAUGGUCGUGUUCAUCACGCUAGCCAUUCCCACUGCAAUGGACGCAUUUCAAUCUGCGCAACCCGCCCCAAGCGAAGAUAUCUUACUCGCCCAGCGAAUCACCUCUGUCACGCUGGUCGGCCUUCUACUCACAUUUCUGGUAUUCCGCCUCAAGACGCACGCCGCAAUGUUUGCCGGUACCCCAUUCCACUCAGGCAGACACAACCGUGCCGACUCGCAUAUAUACGGGGCCCAAGAAAUCCAAAUCCCGCAAUCGUACUUAGGGAACGGGCGCGCGACGCUGAUCCUCGCAGCGGCAACUCUUUUCGUCUUCACCAGCACGUCCUACCUCGUGAGCAGUGUUGGAGUGGUGGCCAAAACACUGGGAACAAACGAGACGUUCCUCAGCCUAACCCUCAUUCCUCUGUUCGGGAACUUCACCAAGUACCGCACGAUCAUCGCGGGUUCCAGGUCCAAUAACCAGGUGGAGCAAGGCAUUCGGGCGGUUAUCAACAGUGUACUGCGGAUUACGAUGCUAAUUGCGCCCCUUUUGGUGAUUGUGGGCUGGAUGAUGGAUCAGCCGCAUAUCCUCAAGUUCGAUGAGUUUGAGGCUACGACGCUUCUGUUGAGUGUUGUUGUCAUGACGUAUUUGAUUUCUGAUGGGCGGAGCAACUAUUUUGAAGGGUUGAUGUUGGUGGGAACGUAUGUUAUUAUCGUGUUUUCGUUCUUCGUUCGCCCAGAAACACCAGAGGAUGUGACAAUGCGACUGGCUUGA